AUCUGCAAUUAUGUUGGACCUGCAAAAGUAAUUGUCCAGUUAGUUACUAAUGGGAAAUACGUCCACUUGCAUGCUCACAGCCUGGUGGGUAAAUUUUGUGAAGAUGGAGUAUGCACAGUCAAUGCAGGACCUAAAGAUAUGGUUGUAGGGUUUGCAAACCUUGGAAUACUCCAUGUCACAAAGAAGAAAGUGUUUGAAACUCUGGAAGCACGCAUGAUAGAUGCUUGCAAAAAAGGCUACAACCCUGAACUCUUGGUACAUCCUGAACUUGGCUAUUUGCAGGCAGAAGGAUGUGGAGACAGACAGCUAACUGAUCGAGAAAGAGAGAUCAUUCGUCAGGCAGCAAUACAGCAGACUAAAGAAAUGGAUCUCAGUGUGGUGCGGCUUAUGUUUACAGCCUUUCUCCCCGACAGCAAUGGUAGUUUCACCCGGAAACUUGAUCCUGUUAUAUCAGAUGCAAUAUAUGACAGCAAAGCUCCCAAUGCUUCCAACUUAAAAAUUGUAAGAAUGGACAGAACGGCGGGGUGCGUAACAGGUGGGGAAGAGAUUUACCUUCUCUGUGACAAGGUUCAGAAAGAUGACAUUCAAAUACGUUUCUAUGAAGAAGAUGAGAAUGGUGGCAUGUGGGAAGGCUUUGGAGACUUCUCUCCUACAGAUGUACAUAGACAGUUUGCUAUUGUGUUCAAAACGCCCAAGUACAGAGAUGUCAACAUCACGAAGCCGGCAUCUGUGUUUGUACAACUGCGGCGGAAAUCUGAUCUAGAAACAAGUGAACCAAAACCUUUUCUCUACUACCCUGAAAUCAAAGAUAAGGAAGAAGUACAGAGGAAACGCCAGAAGCUCAUGCCGAACUUCUCGGACGGCUACGGUGGAGGCGGCGGCGCGGGCGGCGGUGGCAUGUAUGGCGGUGGUGGCGGCGGUCCUAGCUCUGGAUUCAGUUAUCCUUCCUAUGGAUACUCUACGUUUGGAGGGAUGCAUUUCCACCCUGGCGCAACAAAGUCCAAUGCUGGAAUGAAACAUGGACUAUCAGAAAGCACAGCUGAACAAGAUGGGGAGAGCUCUGGUACACCCAGUGACAAAUGGGACAUGAAACAUGAGGUGAGAAUGGAAACAGCAGACAGGAAUGACUGCAGAACCCCUGGCGAUAAUGGGGAGGAGGAUGGAACUUCAUCCUUCAAAGCUGAAGUAAAUGAAGCAUUUGAAGAUUACAGGUUGCAGGACGGUGUGUUCCUGGAGAAGGCCUUGCAGCUUGCCAAGCGCCACGCCAACGCUCUCUUCGAUUACGCGGUGACCAGAGACGUGAAGAUGCUGUUGGCUGUUCAGCGCCAUCUCACCGCCGUCCAGGAUGAUAACGGAGACAAUGUUCUGCAUUUAGCCAUUAUCCACUUUCAUACUGAGCUGGUGAAAAACCUCUUAGAAGUGGUGCCAGAUUUGGAUUGCCAUGACGUUAUCAACAUGAGGAACGACCUCUAUCAGACCCCCUUGCACUUGGCAGUUGUCACAAAGCAGGCUGCUGUGGUAGAAGCCCUGCUUACGGCUGGAGCAGACGUCAGCCUCCUGGACCGACACGGUAACUCCGUCCUGCAUUUAGCUGCUACUGAAGGAGACGACAAGGUUUUGAGCCUGCUCCUCAAGCACAAGCAGAUAUGUCCACUGGUUGACCUUUCCAACAGUGAAGGUCUCAGUGCAAUUCACAUGGUGGUGAUGGCAAAUAGCGUGUCCUGUCUCAGACAGCUGAUUGCUGCUGGAGUUAAUGUCAAUGCUCAGGAACAGAAAUCUGGACGUACUGCUUUGCAUUUGGCUGUUGAACAAGAGAACAUCCCUGUGGCAGGCUGCCUUUUGCUUGAGGGCGAUGCAGAUGUGGACAGCACUACAUAUGAUGGAACAACUCCUCUGCACAUAGCGGCUGGAAGGGGCUCUACAAAACUGGCAGCACUUCUGAAAGCAGCAGGUGCAAAUCCUCAUAUUCAGAAUUUUGAGCCGUUGUUUGAUCUAGAGGAUGUAAAAGAUGAUGAUGAAGGAAUUGUGCCUGGAACGACACCACUGGAUAUGGCAGCCAACUGUGAGGUGUAUGACAUAUUAAAUGGCAAACCCUAUGAGCCAGCAGCGGUUUCAGAGGACUUGCUGAUUCAAGGGCAUAUGAGAGAGCUGAGCGAGAGCUCCAAGAUGCAGCUUUACAAACUGCUAGAAGCACCUGAUCCAAGCAGAAACUGGUCUACCCUCGCGCAGAAACUGGGUCUUGGCAUCCUCAACAACGCCUUCCGGCUAAGCCCUUCCCCAUCAAAAACUCUGCUAGAUAACUAUGAGGUGUCCGGUGGUACAAUUCAAGAGCUGAUGGCUGCUCUGAGACAGAUGGGGCACACAGAAGCCAUUGAAGUCAUUCAGGAAGCACUACCCACCUCACUGCGCCAGUCUCCUCGGGAGGAUGGCGCCACAGAAGCUCUUCCCUCACCAUUAUCACCCUCCUCACCUAAAGGACAGACAGGUGAACUUUGUAACAAUAAAUUUCAAGACAACGAAAGCGUGUGCGAUAGUGGUGUGGAGACAUCCUUCCGCAAGCUGAGCUUCACUUAUUCCGAGUCUCUGAACAGCAAGUCAUCGAUAACACUUAGCAAAAUGACCCUGGGCUAUGGACAUGAAAGUUCAGUGCAAAGUAAAAUAUAGCUAGUUAGCAAAAUGCAAUUACAGGAACAAACGUGACAUUUAACACAUUGUCUGUCAUCCUGCUCAGA